AACAGUCAUUUUUAAUAUAAAUAAAUUUAGUUUUUAGGUAUCACAAGAAAAGAUGUACACAUAUUAAUUUUUCUAAACAAGGCAAUAAUUCCUAUCAUCAUUAUAAAUAUUUUUUUUAUUCCAUGGUAAAUUUAUAACAUAAUCUAUUCAUUCAACAAAAAAUAUUCAAAAGUACGUAAUAAUAUUUUUUAUUCAAAUUAAUAUAACACCUGCAUGAAAAAGUCGACUUUACGAGACUUUGUGAAUUAAAUGCACAAGAUGGCGCUUUAAAAUAAGUCAUUUUUCUCUUUUUUUAAUACGGAAAAAUAAUUUUAUGUGCAUGUGUGUGGGCAUAAAGAUUAAAGAGUGUUUGUUAUUUUGCAUUUGUUUGACAAUAUAAAAAAAGUGUAAAGAACAUAAAUAAAAUAAUUAUUAACAAAUAUAUAUAUAAAGGAUAAAACAAUAAACAAUGGAUUCCGAUGAACAAUCAAUAGAUGAAUUUGAAGAUAGUGAUUCAAAUCCAAGUACACCACUUGAAUUAUGUGAUGCAAUAAAUUCAUUAGACCCAAAUUAUUGCACAUUACCAGAAAAAUCAAAGGAAAUGUAUGAAGCAAGCUAUUCACGUUUUAUAAGUUGGUGUGAAUCAAACAAUGCAAAAUCAUUUUCAAAAAAAGUAUUACUUGCAUAUUUUAUUGAUUCAUCAAAAAAAUAUCAACCAUCAACUUUAUACAGUGAAUAUUCAAAAUUAAAAACAACAAUAAAAGCUAAACAUGAUGUUGAUAUUAGUGAUUACAAAGAAUUAAAACAUCUUUUACGAAUACAAUCUGUUGGUUUUGUUUCUAAAAAAGGAAAAGUAUUAAGUGAAAAUGAAAUUAAACGUUUUUUAAAUGAAGCACCAGAUGAUGUUUAUUUAGCAGCAAAGGUAGUUACAAUUUUUCGUUCAUUUGGUGAAUGUAAAAGAGAUGAAUUAAAAAAUAUAACUGUUGAUGAUAUUAAAAGAUAUUACAAUGAUGAUGAUAAAGAAAAAAAAUAUCCAAUGAUACGUGUUUAUAUACAAAGUUCAAAUCCUUGUAAAAAUAGAAAUUUUACAAUUGAAGGCGAAUAUUAUAAAUAUUAUGAAAAAUAUCGUUUAAUAAGAUGUGCAGCACCACGUGGUGCUAGUAGAGAAUUUUUUUUAAGUUACAAAGAUGGUAAAUGUACAAGACAACCAAUUGGUGUAAAUAAAUUUGGACGUAUGCCAAAAGAAAUUGCCAUAUUUUUGGGUUUAGAUAAUCCAGAUGAAUAUACUGGUCAUAGUAAAUCAUCCGCAAGAUUAAGUACUGAAGCUGGCCUUGUUUCAUUAUCACCAUCAAGAUUAAAUGAUGCUGCUGGUGCUGAUACAACACCGAGUGGUACUCAACAAAAUAAUACAUCAAAUUCAGCAGGUGUUAAAAGAAAAUUAUGUAAUCAAAUAACUCAAUCAAUUAAUAUUAAACGCCCGUCAAUUGAUACAAUUGAAAAUAAUGAUACAAGUAACAAACCAAAGCCACCAGAUGAUAAACCAGCAUCAUCAACAAAAACUUAUUUUUUUCCUGGUUCACAAAAUUCAGAUACACCUGUUGAUAUAACUUCACCAAACGGUUCAUUCAUAUUACGUAUAAGUAAUUGUACAAAUUGUACUUUUAAUUUUAUUGAAAAAAAGGGAAAUUAAAUUUUUAAUGUUUUAAAAUCCUAUAUAGAACAAAAUUUAAUGUAAGUUAAAUAUUUUUAAUUUAAUUAUGGAAAC